AUGCAGGUUGGUGGCAGCGGGGGCGGAAAGUCGCUGUCUAAGCCUCACCACAAAGUUUUGCUAGACAAUGCUGAGUCGCCCGUUUCGCCGAUACCAAUCGAAUCACCAUCGAAGUCGAAAUCCACGUCACCCUGCAAGAAAAUUUUCGACUUCUCACAUGGCCGCUUUACGCCUCCGAAGUCUUCGGAUAUUUCACACGCCUCAACAAAUCCGUUUCUGUUUCCGAGUGUUGAAAAAUCUGAAUCGGAGGACAGUGAAAUACAAAAAGUGUUUGAUAUGCAGUCUUCGACACAGACGAGCACCACCUCAUCGUCGUCCCAACAGCAGCAGCAACAAGCACAACAACAACAAGCCGAUCUCUUGUCUUUACACUCAUUACAAAACACAAGUCCUUCACAGAUCGGGUCGGCCAUUGCCGGUGUUGUUGGCGGUGGCGCCAUUAAACUGCAAGCGUUACAAAAAUGGUUUAAAGGUGAUGCGUUUGAGGGCGCAGGAUCUGGGGCUGCUGGUGGCGGACCACCCUCACCAGCUAAAGAACAUCAGCGCAAACGUUCAGAUGCCGCAGAAGGCUUGUCAUCGGUAUCGGUGCGGGAGCUAGUGCGUGUAAUGGGCGGACAGCAGGAUACGCGUUGUAAUGGUAAUACUACGCAUGCGCCACAAAGUUCUAGUCCUGUUCAGAUACCAGCCGCUAGCGGUAAGGGUUCAACAGAUUCGAUAAGCGUAAGCAUAAAAUCUACGGAGGCAUCAGAAACUUCGGGUCUAUUCAGUUCGCUUACGCAAGAUUCAAGUCACUCACAGAAGAACACGAAGGAGGAAGAAGCUAUGCAGCCAGAAAAUUCUACACCUACUUUUGAUAUAUCUACGAUUCGGGUCACCAGCUUCACGCCAUCGCAAACAGCAGCUUUGCUUUCCACACCAAAGCAUUCGCCUCGCAAAUUAGUGACCAGUUUACGUCGCAAUACAUCACCUUCCAACCGCAGUGUUGAGGGUACUGCAGCGCAUAAGGAACCAGAUUUGGCGCAACUUGAAGAUGAUAUGAGCAUGUUGCAUAUUACCACGACUACCAAUGGUGGCGGCGUGAUCACGCAGGAUCAGAUCUUAUUUGGUGAAAUGAAGACAGCCAGCACAACCGCAAGUACGGACGACUCGAGCCCGGCCGUCUGGCCACCACCGUUAAAUCAGAAUAACGCUUCACUUAAUGCAGCGACUUCCGCAACCAAACCGUCGCCCAAUAAGCGCAGUGCCAUUGGGCCCAUCAAGCGUGCCAUGCCACCAUCGUUGGCCGAAAGCAUACGCGCGGUAUUUGCUGCUUUCCUCUGGCAUGAAGGACUCGUACACGACGCUAUGGCUUGCGCUAGCUUCUUGAAAUUCCAUCCAACACUACCCAAAGAGGGCGCAACAGUUGUGACCAGGCGCGAUUCGAAGGACAGUCGGCUGCAAUUGUCACGCGAGCAAAAAGCACAACAGCGCCAUUCUGUGGAGGUGGCUAAUGCGGGUACAUACUUGAACAUCAGACCAUCCACGCUGGAGACACUUACGAAGAGUGGAAAUUCGUCGGUGAACAACCGUAAGCAUCGGAAAAAUUUAGCAGUCGCCUCCGGUGCUGGUAGUGGCGGCGAGGAAUUAGAGAGUGGUGAGAAGCAGAAGUUGCACACGCUGUCCGAAGUGGUGACUGUGCUGCCGCCUGCGCUGCGUUGUCUCGUCUACCUAUGGGAGCAGGUGUGCACCAACUGCGUGCAAGUGAUGCAAUCGAAUAUAGUGGAGCGCGAGAAGGCAAGCGGUGGCACACCGACACGGGAGCCGAGCGCCGAAGCCAAGGAAAAGCAAGAGUCGAACGAUAGAGACAUGGUGAAGAAAUCGCGACGUAAGAAAAAGGACGAUGGUUCAUGGUGUGAGGUGUGUGAAGUAUUUUUGCCGAUACCCGUGACAUACCACAUGCGUAUCGUACAUCCUGGUUGUGGCAAAUCCGCGAAGGGCAAAGGUUAUAAUUCGGUGGGCAUUUUCUGCGAAGGCUGGGCCGGCAAUUGUGGGGAAGGUGGUAAGGGUGCAUCCAGCUGGUUUCUGAUGUGCGACGAAUGCAGAGAGAAAUAUAUAGCAGCGAAUAAGAAUGUAAACAACGUAAAUAGCGUACCGGGAGUGACACUUACGGCGAAUGAAAUGAAUUUAUUUGGCGUAAAAACUACUACACUCAUCGCGAAUUCCGAAAUUUAUACAACCAUGCGUGAGAAUGCCACUUUCUUGUUGGAGCUCUCUUCAAGCGCAUCCACUUUGAAUGCCACAGGCAACAGUGGCGCUGCUGGCAUGAAUUCACUAAAUUUGGGCGCAUCCAAUAAACGGUCGCCGCAACAAAUGCCCGUUGUGGUUGAACACCAACACUUCAAUAUGACCGAUUUAAAUAAGCCGAGCACUAGUCGUGGCGAUUCGGCGCGGAAUAGCCGUAUUGGUUUGCGUAUGAGUGGGAAAUUCGGCAGUUCCACACCGUAUCGCAAAAGUUUUGUAGGCAGCUCUGCGUCACCCGAACACAUAUGGUUGGCACCAGAAACGUUUGCUUGCUUAGAGUCUCUGGGGGUUACUAACAACGAGGACUUGCCCUAUGAAAUGUUUGGCUUGAAUACAACUGAAAAUGGAUUCGAUAGGCCUCUCUCUGAAAUGUCUUACGAGUCCUGCGAUCCGAAUAACUACGAAAUAAUGACGGGCUCAAUGAGCACACAGCCUGGUGUUGGUACAGGCGGUGGAUCUAAUACAGGUACUCUAUCUAAAUUCCAUCGCAGCUUCUCGAUGGGUCAAGGCUGGGCCGUAGCCCAGCAGCAAGGAACAUUCCAAUUGAAAAACGUCGCCGCCAACGCUGAUGAAGCGCAGCAAACUAAGGUUGUCUUUAGACGACGCAACAACUCUACAAGCGAAAGUGAUGGCGCUCUACUUAUCUGCUAUCCAUCGGAGAACUUGCGCCGCCUCGUGCCAGAAAGCAUAUUGAAUAGCUCUAUUGUCCAUCCAGCCGUGCAGCGACUGGUCAAUGCAGAUGUUGGCGGUGUAGGUGCAACAAAGUCGCAGCAGCAUUCAUUCGAACAACCGGAGAGGGAGAGUAAUGAAAACGAUGAAAAGCCAAUGAACACAGAAUGUGGUGGCGUCAAGACCAAAGAAUAUAACUAUUCGGCUGGUAAUGUCACUUUAAAGCCCAGCGGUGUGCGCGAUAAGGACUCAUCAUCCACUUUGCUAGAUUUGGAGUUGUCACAACAGGUGAACGUAUUACUCCAACGUCCGGCCAUGGCAUUUAUUACACAAAAACAUGAUUUGGAGAAACUACGCUAUGCCAUGAAACGCAGUCUACGCAUUGCCGCCUGCCGCAUUUAUUCGCUACAAGCACUCAAUUGGCUGCUGCGUUCGGUGACACAGAGCAUCUGUCUGCACGAUCUGAUGUGGUGGUUUGUUAGUUCGCUGACUAUUUCGGCAAUUGAGAUGAUCGAUGGCAAGUACGAAGAUGCUGAACCAGCACUGGAGCACCCGGUCACCUACACGCAGAUCAGUGGUCGUUUCUCGCAUUUAAUUACGCAAAGUUUGCACGUUUUCCUACAAUCCGUUGCCGAUCUCACACUCUAUUUGCCACUUGGCUCACCAUUGCAACGCAUCGCCAUACAAUGCUUCGGCAUACGCUUUCGCCAAACGGAUCAUCAAUUUCUACACAAUUCGCAUGUAUUCGGUAAUAUUUCGAAGAUACUUUCGAAAUCCGAUGAGCAAGAUGAUGUUAUGGCUGUAUCGAGCAUGGGCAUGGCUGGUGCGGUAGCAGUGGAGGGUGGUGGCAACUCAACGGGCAUGCAUGAUGUGGAACAUAAUUUGCAGAGUGUUGGAGGCGUUGGUGGUGGUGGUGGUGGUGGUGGCGGUGGUGCGGUUGUGGGUGUUGCAGGUGGCCCGCCAGCAGGUGCUAAAAUUAUAUGCUACUCCGAUUUGAAUGGCAUGUUUGAGGUGACAGUGUCAUCGCGUCAGGCCAUGGCCGAAUCGUUGACCGAUAAUUCGACCGAAACUUUUUGGGAAAGUGAUGAGGAGGAUCGCAACAAAUGCAAGAUCAUUGAAAUAUCGAUGAAUAAGUUGUCAUAUUCGUGCAAAGUGGUUUUGGUGCACAUCGACAAUAGCCGGGAUAUACAGAACAAGGUGUUGAAUGUUGUAUUUUAUGCUGGCCAAUCGCUGGGUGAUACAAAUCUAAUCAAAUCCGUGGACGUUGAUCCAAAAGCGUGCGCUUGGAUAUCCGCCAAAAUCACAAACGAGUCGUACACACACUUUCGCUUGGAGUUUCAUGGACCAGAGAACACAUUGCGUGUUCGUCAAAUCAAAUUACUUGGGCUACCGAGCGUCAUGAGCGGAUUGGAUGAGCAAUUGAACGAGAAAUAUGGUGGACUACAAGCAACGGGCAGUGCGGGUGGGAAUAGUGGCGCAACAGUAGGUCAAUUGCACACACUCAAAUCCAAUUUGAAGCUAACAAAUGCAGUGCGCAUACAACAACAAAUCUGUGAGGCUGAGACAUUGCGCGUAUUCCGGCUAAUAACGGGUCAAGUCUUUGGUAAAUUGAUCAGCACCGCAACCACCGAGGCAGGUCACCACUCUAUACUCGGCAUGGAUUCUAGCG